CUACGGGCUUAUUACAUUACGCCUCCAUUACGCCAAUUUUGCUGCUUUCUAUUCCCUUCCAUUUUCUCAGUUUAGCUUCCGUUUUAGGGUUCCCAAUUUCUAUGCCCUGUUUUACCCUCCCAGUCUUCUUCAACCAGCGCGGUCCCUCGACUCUUUCCAGCUCCCUCUCUAAACAAGUCUUUAACACCCAUUUCCCGUUUCCCCUAUUCCCCAAAUCAGAAUCCCUAACCCCGACUGCCCUCCUCCCUUUUUUCCUCAAUUCGAAAAUCAACCUUCACCUCCGGCACCAAUCCACCUCCACCGAUCCACCUCCGGUCCUCCACGGCUCCACCCAUUUCCAGAAUCAGAGGUUAGAGGGAAGCUACAAACGUCUUCUACCUUUGAAUUUCAAAGUGAUGGAGUUUUCGAGUUUCUCUCAAGCCAAACUGUUGUCAACAUGGUGCGAUACAUGUGAAUCUUUGGAAUCUAUAAAUUACCCUUACUUUUCCCAUUUGCUUUAUAAUGCCAUGGCGGCGGCAUACAAAGAUCCUAGCGAUGCUUGUGCUGCAAUUGCUGGAGAUUCCUAUAAACGUUGGUUGGAGCUUGAAAAUCAAACCGAUGAUAUUACAAUCAUAAUUGUACAGAUCAAAGGCCUAUCAAAUCAGUCGGGUGUUGGCACAACUGAUAGUGAAGUACAUUCCAGACCCUGCCAAAUUGGCGGUUCCAUAAAUCAAAGCACUGCCAUUGUUCCACCACUGAUGCAUCAGAGGCCUUUGGAAUCGGAUGUGGGUUAGCCGAAAAGAGCAAGCAGAAGUCGUUUUUGGCAUACAAGAUUCUCAUGGCGAAUGCUUUCAGCGCGCCAAGGACAUCUUGCUAAUGUAACACAAUGAAAUUUGUCAAGGUGAAGGUACUUUAGCUCUGAUCUUGCACCUGUUAAUCCAAACAUGCAGAGAAAUCCAACUUGAAGUUGAUUAUCACGACUCGAUGAAACGGGGGGUCGGGGGAUUAGGAAAACAUGUACUUUCUAUGUAAACUAUUUCCAGCAGUGCUGGGGUGAUAAGUGAGUGAGGCAGGGAUGAUGAUACCAUUGAUAUGGCUAACUUCCCACGAUGUAGUCUGUAAAUUUCAUGAUUGUAUUGAUACAAAAACUACAUAAUGAUAAAACCUACAGGUUUUAUAAUCUA